AUGCUUUAUCUCCUAUGUGUUAAGCGCAUUGAUGACGAAUAUGAAGACGGAGAUCAGAGGCCAAGCACGUGCAAGUCGAUCUUACCAAUUGUGAAUACAGGACGCAACAUGCUGUUUGGUGGUGGACCAAGUAAUACGGAGUCAUCUCCUUUAAUUGGGUUAUCACACCAGGCUGGUUACCAAUCGCCUCUUCUACCCAUGGUAUUAGGCUCAUCUCCUGCUGAACCGACGAAAAUGGACGACAUAUGCCACCAGUUAUGUCGUCGUCAACCCUUUUUCACUCUGGUUUACGAAUAUCAUCAAGGUGGCGGAUUCUUAACGAUAGCCGUGAAAAAGCUUUUCGGUUUGGUGCAGUUUGUUUUUGUCGUGAUGUUCUCGACGUUUUUUAUGCAGUGUGUCGACUAUGAAGUUCUCUUCGCCAAUAAAAAUAUGACUACUACAGGUGAAAAAAUUACGGGAAAGCGGAGCUUUGAUGAUGCUAUUGUUGCAAAUUGCGCUAGUCACUUGCAUCCGCUAGUUGUCUUCUCAAUACUUGUGGCUACUGUAUUUUGGAUUUUACAUCGCAAGCUGCUUGUCUAUAACUCUGCUUUGCUUAUCAAAGAUGCUCAACUAUCUAAUCUCUCAAAUGGCAUGAUGUUGUACAACGAAUUUGUGCAGAAGCAUCUUCAUUUGAAAGUGGACCGUGAUAAUAUAACUCCAUUUGACUUGUAUAAUCGCAUACUGAGAUUUAAAAAUUAUCUUGUCGCUCUAGUCAAUACGCGAGUACUUCCACCGGUUUUCCAUGUGCCUUUUCGUUGGUCCCGUGCCCUAUUUACCAAAUGGACUAAAAUCAAAUCUGCGACGGAUUCUUUUCUUCGGGUAUUGUCUACGUCCCCGUGGGCUGGACCGUAUUUGAAAGAUGAAUACAAAGAUCUGGAUAACCUUGAGUUGUUGACAAGACAAAUGGAGAAAGAUGUCGCCAUGUAA